GAAGUGGUUUAUCCUCGUAUUGCCGCACAACAUGUUAGGGCGUGGAUAGUUUUGAUGUAAAUAAUUGUUUAACGCGAUUAUAUAUAUAAAUACAUAUAUAUAAACUCUACAUAGGUGACUACCGAUGCUUCUGUAACUACUGAAUGAACUCUAUCUUAAACAUAUUUUUGUAACUUUUUUUAAUACUACAGUAUUUGUCAUGUAUUCUAUACAUUAUUAUAGUUUUUUUUGUUGUUUAUUUUUUGUUUUACUUUUUUAAUUUUAUGUGUUUUAUGUGUUUAUGUUUGGUAAAGAACAACUUGUACUUAAACUUAAUAUGCAAAAGGUUGCCCUUGAAGAUACACGAAUUGUUAAGUACAUUUGAAUAAAAACCAAACACACAUACCAGUCAAUCGUGGUCUUCUAAGGAAAUCUGCAAAUCUUUAAGAUGAAACCAAACUUUGCUAAAUGUAUUACAGGUUAAGGAACCCUGCAAAAACACGAUCGUAAACAUGUUUUGUUAAACUGUAUAUAAGUGGCAAUAUCACUUCUUCAACACAUGUUCAGAUGUGUUUCAUAAUAUAUAUAUGCUUCAUCAUGUGUCCAUCCAUGUGUACAUUUACUUCCUUAACUGUUAAAGACAUUAGGCUAUUACACACACACACACACACACACACACACACACACACACACACACAGUUAAUGACUAAGCCAUGUUAUCAAACAUGUACAUGUGGAUAAAAAGUGUAGUUUUUACUUUAUGAAACUUUUUUAAAAAAAAAAAAAAACAUGGAAACAAACUAUUUUAAAAGAAAAAACCCUACUCCAUCUGCUACUAAUUUUUGUUAAUCCAAAGUGUGAGAUUAGGUAGUUGUGUAAGGAUUUUUCAUAACCAUCGGAAGUGCAUGCAAAAAAAAAAAAAAUGGUAGCCUUGACAGUCACUGUAUACCUGUAUUCAAAUGACAUACUGAGCACGUGUAGCCAUACAGUUACACAACCUGCCCUUUAUAAAACCAGUCUCACGGGUGUAGUAUUUGUGUUAUUCAGUCCUCAGAGUGUUACGCUAACUUCCCUCUCUCUUCAACGCUUGGUUUCAGACUCUGAAGCUGGUUUCAGACGUAGCUGCUCACAAUGGGAGGUCACAGCUUUGCCCGUUUAGCACUCAUAGUCCUUUCUGUUCUCAUUUACAUCAUCUGCAUCAUAUUCAACGCACUUGCUGGACCGGGAACUGGUCCUUUUCGGAACAACACUGGAGCGAUAUCAGAUAAAUACAAUACAGAAAUCACUCCCUCGGGAUGGACCUUCUCAAUCUGGGGUGUCAUAUACACUUGGCUGUCGCUCAUGCAUAUUUAUAUCCUCACCACUACCUGCAGGAGGACUGUUUAUGGUCCAAUGUACUGCAGUCCCGCUGUGUUGCCAUAUGGAUUCUUCAUAACCUGGAUUGUAAACAUGCUGCUAAAUAUAAUCUGGCUUCUUCUGUGGGACAGACAGGUGAUGAUUGCUGCAUUCAUUAUCCUUGCCUUGAUUGCCUUCACAAACUAUUUACUGAUAAUCUUCUCCUGUCAUGGACUCAAACAAUAUGGAGCCUGGUUAAACAAAUAUCACAAAGUAGACCUUUGGUGCAUAAGGAUAUUGGUUCAGAAUGGCAUUGCAACAUACACAACAUGGACAACAAUUGCCACCCUGAUUAACUUCACUGUUGUGCUGAGAUAUGAUGCUGGAAUGACCCAGUCAGAUGCAGCAACCGUCUCUCUCUCUAUUCUUUUGGGUGAAGCUAUUUCUUGGUUCAUUGUUGAGAACUUUGUGUUUGAAAAGCACCUGCGAUACAUUCUGACAGUCUACCCUGUUGUUAUUGUGGCCUUGAGUGGAAACAUGACAAAGAACUUUAAAUCUGCAGAUCCAAGCCGCAGUGGCAUUUACAUAGCUGUUUUGCUGGGGCUGACUUGUACACUAUUUGCGAUCAAAGUGUUGCUGGUUAUAUGGAGGCACAUUAAACAUCCUCUCUACAAAGGCAUGAAUUUAGAGGAGGCGAUAUCACCAAUGGAAAUUGCUGAAAAGCAGAAGAAGAUCUUCACUUAAACUGAAUAAUUUGUAUCAUUUGAUUUUAUAUUUGUCAUAAUUUUUCAAAGCUAUUUAUUUUUGUAAUUGUUCAAAUGUGUAAAUAUGUAAUAAAUGAUGAAGUAAAAACUAAAAUGCAAAGCUUGUGUAAAUGAGUUACACAAAUUGAAUUGCUCUUAUCAGGGCAGGGGGUGUUCUAGGGUAUCUUCACAGUGACCAUGAUCUAUGCACUGUUAUGUACCAUUUUCUCCAGCAAUAAAAUCAUAAAACUCACUAGGGUUUAAAGUUUUUGUGAAGUUUUAGAUGGGAAGUCACAAGGUUGUUAUCUCAGUCCCAACUAGUGGUGACUGAAAAUAGAAUCAUGAUCACAAUCCCAAUAUAUCAAAAAAUUUAUGAACUGUGUGUUGAUUUGUAUGAGAACUACUUGCAGAAUAUUGUGGCUAAAAUUAUGACAAUAAAUAAAAUA